GUUCACGAGAAGCACAGGCCACACAAGUGCAAUCUCUGCGGAAAGUCAUUCAGUCAGUCAUCCAGUCUCAAUAAACAUUCCAGGGUUCACAGCGGCGAACGACCGUACGAAUGUCCAUUUUGUAGUAAAGCGUUCACUGCUUCAAGCAUCCUCCGCACUCAUAUCAGACAACAUUCAGGAGAAAAACCUUUCAAAUGCAAGUACUGUGGAAAAACUUUCGCUUCGCACGCAGCCCAUGACAGCCAUGUUAAA